UGAUGUGUUGAAUCAAUCUAUGCUAUUGGACGUUGUAGACUCGCUUACGAUCUCUGCAUCAGUAACCUUAUUCAAAGGUUGGUAACACUGGCCUUAGGGUUGCGUAUGGAAUGAGAAAGCAAAUAGAAGUGGAUAAAAGAUAGAAGAUAUCAUAUGUUAUUGACAGAUUGUAUUACCGAAUAUACAAUAGUCAAAGAUGUGAAACACGAUCUAUUUUUUUGCUAUUCACAAAUCUAUUUGAUAUCUGUUAUCUGUAGUUAAAUAAAGAAUGUAUACUUUUUGUAUUUACAGUACGGUUAAGAAGUAACAAAAGCAACAACAACGCUCACGCAAAGCAGUAUGAAGAAUUUUAAUCGCGUCUGUAAUUAAAUCGAUAUUUGCGUUGUGACAAAAAUGGAUCCGUCGAAGAGCGAGGAGCAAAUCGAGUCGACGCUUAUAGAGAAUCUGUCGGCCGAACAGAAUUCAAGAUGCGAGUCGCCGAAACGCGGCACCACGCUUUCAACCAGCACGAGCAGUUUUGAGGCGUUGGAUCCACACGAUCCGAAUUUGAGCCGAUUGGCAAACACAAUGUUUCAGAAGACCGGCGAAUAUCUGCAGGAGGAACUCACCGCCACACACGCGGACUACCGUUUGCUGGAGCGUUUGAACAAAGAAACGAUCGCGAAAUACGCGGAGUUGAAAAUUGUCUCCUCGAACGUGGUGCAAUCGUUGGACUCGUUGAAUGACAAAUAUCAAAAACUACAGCCGAUUCUUGACAACAUCAAUCAGAUUGAUGACAGUGUCAGCAAGUUAGAGCAAGCCGCAUACAAACUUGCAGCGUAUUCUAAACGAUUGGAAGCUAAAUUCAAGGAUCUUGAGAAAGAUAUGAAGAGCAAGUAAAAUUUACAUUUUUACAAACAAAUUUGUUCAUAUCUUAUAUACGAUAAAAGAUAAAUCACAAUAUAUACAUAAUUGAUAUACAGAUAAAAACAUAGUGUAUUAUGAUCAAAUGGUUUUAUAUUUUAUUCUAGUUUAUUACCGAAAUAGCUAAAAUUUGGCCAUAUUAUAGAACAAAACUAAAAAUAAUCAUUAUUGCUAAAACCGAUACAAAUCUAUAAAACUUUAUAAUUUGAAUUAUAUUAAUUAAUUUGUACUCUUGAUUACGAAUAUAGCAAUAUUAGGAUGUAUGGUUUUGUAUAUAAUAAAAAUGCAUAAAAAAAAUUUGUGACUUAUAAUAAUUAAAUUUCAUUAAAAACGUUUGCACACAUCCCUACCGUAUCUAAACUUUCUCGAUACUUAGUUUUUUUUUAAAGACAAUUUCUUUCUCAAAUAUUCUAGAGUUUUGCCCUUUUUUUUAUAUGAUGUAUGUUAAUAUGAAAUAUAGUGUAAAAACUCUUACUAUGUGUAAAGAAAAAUAAAAUUUGAUGGAGUUAUAUUUUAAUUUUCUUUAAUUUAUAUCAUAUCUGCUUUCAAGUUUUAUAGAACAACAAUAAAACAAAUACAUAUAAUUCCUUGUCUUAACAAUUAACUUUUACUAAAAUGAUAUUGUAAGUAUGCGAUAUAAAUCACAUACUUUAUUAUGCUGUGUAGUGUAAAUGUAAUCUAUUAAAUUCGUGACUGAUAAGUCAUGUUAU